AUGGCUUCCAACAUGAUUAGGUCGUUCAGAAGGAACAAGAGACAGUCAAGCUCUUCUGAUAGUACCAAGCAUUCAAUAUCUAGAAUUGGAUCUGUUAAAUCGGGCCACAGUCAGGAGAUCGGUGGUCUUUUACAAUCGCCCAAGAAAGUGAUCAAAGCUUUGUAUGACUAUCGACCUCAAGGACCAGGAGAGUUGAAGUUUGAGAAGGGUGACUUCUUUCAUGUUCUUAAUGAAGCAGAUGAUGUGAUGGAUGAGUCUACAGGGUGGUAUGAGGCGACAAAUCCCAUGACCAAUGCGAAGGGAAUGGUACCUGUGAGUUACUUUGAGGUGUUUAACAGAUCAAGGCCAACUUUUAAUGGAGACCUGAUAUCUCCGACACAGGGGCAGCGCAACUCCAAUCAGACAUUAUACGCUGUGACAUUGUAUGAAUUUAAGGCGGAGAGAGACGAUGAAUUAGAUGUUACGCCAGGAGAGAACCUAAUUAUCUGCGCCCACCAUGACUUUGAGUGGUUCAUUGCGAAGCCAAUAACACGAUUGGGUGGGCCUGGAUUAGUACCUGUCUCUUAUGUCAAGGUCAUAGACAUGUUGAAUCCGACCUCUUCUCAAAAUUUCGACGAUGACGUGGUGAAACUUGUCAAUUAUUUCAAAAUUCCCACUGUCGAACAGUGGAAGGACAGAACAGCAAAAUAUCAAGCUUCUACUAUACCAUUAGGGAGCAUAUCCAAUAGCCAAGCUCCCCCAGCUAAUUCUUCUACAGCUCAGUUUUUUGAGAAAAACCCUAUGCCCUCUAAUAGAUCGUCCUUGUCUUCAAACAACAUGUCGAUCUUGGAGGCUGGAGUGGAGUCUUAUCAGCUAGAUAAUGGAAGAUACCAAUAUUUAGUUGUUGCAAAGCUUUCGAAUGGCAAAAGGCGCUAUUUGUAUCGGUAUUAUCAAGAUUUUUAUGAUUUGCAAGUCAGAUUGUUGGAAAUGUUUCCAUACGAGGCAGGUAAAAUCGAAAAUUCUAAGAGAAUUAUUCCAUCUAUCCCAGGUCCGUUAAUUAAUGUAAAUGAUAGCAUUUCAAAGCUAAGAAGAGAGAAAUUGGAUUUCUAUUUACGUAACUUAAUCUCAUUGCCUAGUCAUAUAUCGAGGUCUCAAGAGGUUUUAUCACUCUUUGAGUUAUACAACAAUGGAUUUGACAAGGAAGACUCUGAUAGUGUAAGAGAGAGGAACCUGAAGAGAUACAGUCAGAAACCUUAUACUGAUGACUAUAACCGCACCCAAUCCAGUAUUUCUUCUGACUCUGUUCUCGUGCGCUCUAGGUCUCCAUCGGCUGCUAAUAUUCUUAAUAACUCCAUGUCUGCAUUAACUGAACACAAUUCUGGAGGAUCGGCCACGGCGGUGACGACGAACCAUGAAAAGCAUUCGAAAGUGAAAGUUAAAUUUUACUAUGAAGACGAUAUCUUUGUCUUGUUAUUACCAACUAACUUAAAGCUACAAGACUUGAAGUUGAAGUUAUAUGAAAGAUUAGGCCUUAAUGAGAUAGCUUCGAAUGUCAAGGCGCAAGAAAUUCAAUUGUUUCCUAAAAACGAAUAUGACGAUUAUGUCGAUGAACACCUGAUAGUCAACGAUGACUUCAGCUCUCUACAGAAGCUGCAAAUCCAACAAUAUGAAAUUGAUUCAGAUGAGAAGUUUCAUGGGAGCCUAUAUGAUAAAUGUAAGAUAGCUAUACUAGUUUAA